GCGGCGGGCGGUUGGGCGCGGUGUGUGUCAGGCGGUUCCACCAUGUCGAAGGUGUCCUUUAAAAUCACGUUGACAUCGGACCCGCGGCUACCGUACAAAGUUCUCAGUGUUCCUGAAAGUACACCGUUCACAGCAGUGCUGAAGUUUGCAGCGGAAGAAUUUAAAGUUCCUGCAGCUACAAGUGCAAUUAUUACUAAUGAUGGAAUAGGAAUAAAUCCUGCACAGACUGCUGGGAAUGUUUUUCUGAAGCAUGGCUCAGAGCUGCGAAUCAUUCCUAGAGACCGAGUUGGAAGCUGCUAAUAUAUGCUUCUUGGAAUACACAGCCUUUCAGAAUAUAUACUGGUAUUUGUUGGUGGUGUACCAUUGAAAUCAGGCAUUCACAAUACAAUGAAAGCACCAAGAAUCCACGGAACAGGGCAAGUUGACGCUUGUCCCUUCUUGUUCAUUUUUCUCAUGGAAAGAGAGAAUGCCUUUGAGUGGAGGUACCACACCACAGGUCACACCAUGGUGACUGCUGCCUCACUGGGAGAGAGUACCUCUGUGACAAAUGGACUGUGCUUUAAAACAAAAACAGCAAAACUGGAGGAUGAGUGCUAAUUCUUUUCAGGAACGUUUGCAAAAUUAAAAUACACAGAAUCAGAUGUGUUUUCUGAUUUUGAAAUUUAAAAGGAUAAUUGAUCAUAGAGGCAUUUAUUUGGCUUGCCAGCAUCUCCUAGUUAGAUUUUUAAAUUCUAUAAUUCUAGGUGAACUUAAUAGGCAUUUGAAUGAACAGUUAAAUUUAUAAAACCAAACAUUAAAUUAUGGGAUCUCACCAUUAUAAGUUGCUGUUGUGCAUCACAUAGCUUCGAUAAGAGAGAUCUUGUGAAAUCAAGUGUGUCAUGGUGGGAACUACCACAGAAGCACCCUUAGCUAUAUUAUGAAUUCCUUGAUAAAUAAUAAAGUUUUAAGUCAGAAAUCAUUAAACCAUUCUUUUUGAGGAUUCUAUUUUUGAGCAGCAUCCAAAAGUGUUGUUACAGAGAUGAUCCGAAGCAUUGAUGGAGUGUCCUUAAUGAAGAGGGAACUUUAAAGAAGCUGUUAGCAUUAGUCACAAGUGGAUAAAGAACCAGGGAAGCAAAGAUAGCCAGGCUCUUCCCAGAAGAGCAGAGGAAGUGGGGAGAAUCAGGAGGCUGGCAGUGUCCAAAGGCAGGAGAAGUCCGAGGACAUAGCUGUAGCAGGGCUGGGAAAAUGUAAAAGGGAGAAGAGUACUGGGCACGGGGUCAGAAGGCAACUGCACACACAUCAAAACUCACUGUAGCAAUCUACAAGGAUUUACAUAAGAUUUCAGGGCUGGGACUCUGUGCCCAGUACUCUUCUUCAGAAUGAAGGAGGUUACCAACUCCCCAGAGUCCUCCUCUAUCCUUAUGUAGACAUCCAGAUGUGAGCCAGUCCCCUCCCACAAUAACUAUCCGCCUUUAUGCAGGAAGUCCGUGUCUGGCACGUGUUUCAGGAUGAAUUAAAUGCUGACAGUGACUGAGAGCUAAGCAGCUCUGCUUUAGUGGGUGAGCUCUUUGGAGGUGAGGGUUUGUCACAUGUUCCCUAGAACUAGAGCUACAGGUUCUCAAUAAAUACUUACUGAAUUCAUGAA